AUGAUAUCAUUGCUGAUAAAUCCGGCAACUGGAAACAAUUCUUUGAUGUUCCUGAAUUUGAUGAUCCAAACGUCAAGAAUUUGGGUUGCCAAAGUUUCCACUAAAAAACCAGUCUUGUACACUCCAAAGGAAGGUGUCAAAUUGGGUAAGAACGGUAAGCCAAUCAGAAUUCUUGCUGUUGAUGUUGGUAUGAAAUACAACCAAAUUAGAUGUUUUGUUAGAAGAGGUGUUGAAUUGUUAGUUGUUCCAUGGGACUAUGAUUUCACCAAAGAAGAAUACGAUGGUUUGUUUAUCUCCAACGGUCCAGGUGAUCCAGCAGUCAUGAAUGAAACCGUUCAAAGAUUAAAGAACGUCAUUAAAGAAGGCAAAACUCCAAUUUUUGGUAUUUGUUUGGGUCAUCAAUUAUUGGCCAGAGCUACUGGUGCUUCUACUUUGAAAUUGAAGUUUGGUAAUAGAGGUCACAAUAUCCCAUGUACUUCUACUAUUUCUGGUAGAUGUUACAUCACUUCUCAAAACCAUGGUUAUGCUGUUGAUACCGAAACCUUAACUGAUGGUUGGAAGGAAUUGUUUGUCAAUGCCAACGAUGGUUCCAAUGAAGGUAUUUACCACGAAUCUAAACCAUUUUUCUCUGUUCAAUUCCAUCCAGAAUCCACUCCAGGUCCAAGAGAUACCGAAUUCUUGUUUGAUGUUUUCAUUCAAUCCGUUGUUGAAUUCAACAAAUCUGGUGUUUACAAACAAGUUGAAUUCCCAGGUGGUAAGAUUGCUGAAAACAGAGCUGCCCACCCAAGAGUUGAUGCCAAAAAAGUUUUGGUUUUGGGUUCUGGUGGUUUAUCCAUUGGUCAAGCUGGUGAGUUUGAUUACUCUGGUUCUCAAGCCAUUAAAGCUUUGAAAGAAGAAGGUAUUUACACCAUUUUGAUCAAUCCAAACAUUGCCACUAUUCAAACUUCUAAAGGUUUGGCUGAUAAAGUUUACUUUUUGCCAGUUACUCCAGAAUUUGUUAGAAAAGUUAUCGAACAUGAAAGACCAGAUGGUAUUUACUGUACUUUUGGUGGUCAAACUGCUUUGAGUGUUGGUAUUGCCUUGAAGGACGAAUUUGAAGGUUUGGGUGUUAAAGUCUUGGGUACCCAAAUUGAUACUGUUAUCACUACUGAAGAUAGAGAAUUGUUUGCUGCUGCCAUGUUGGAAAUCAACGAAAAAUGUGCCAGAUCUGAAGCUGUUAACAAUGUCCAAGAAGCCAUUGAAGCCGCUAAUGCUAUUGGUUAUCCAUUGAUUGUCAGAGCCGCUUAUGCCUUGGGUGGUUUAGGUUCUGGUUUCGCUGACAAUGAAGAAGAAUUGGUUGAUUUGUGUAACAAAGCUUUUGCCACUUCUCCACAAGUUCUUGUUGAAAGAUCCAUGAAGGGUUGGAAAGAAGUUGAAUAUGAAGUUGUUCGUGAUGCUUUUGACAACUGUAUUACCGUUUGUAACAUGGAAAACUUUGAUCCUUUGGGUAUCCAUACUGGUGAUUCCAUUGUUGUUGCUCCAUCCCAAACUUUAUCCGAUGAAGAUUACAACAUGUUGAGAACUACUGCUGUUAACGUCAUCAGACAUUUGGGAGUUGUUGGUGAAUGUAACAUUCAAUAUGCCUUGAACCCAUUCUCCAAGGAGUACUGUAUUAUUGAAGUCAAUGCUAGAUUGUCUCGUUCUUCUGCUUUGGCCUCUAAAGCCACUGGUUAUCCUUUAGCUUAUACUGCUGCUAAAUUGGGUUUGAACAUUCCAUUGAAUGAAAUUAAAAACUCUGUUACCAAAUCUACCAGUGCUUGUUUUGAACCUUCUUUGGAUUACUGUGUUGUCAAGAUUCCAAGAUGGGAUUUGAAGAAAUUCACCAGAGUUUCUGCUUUGUUGUCUUCUUCCAUGAAAUCUGUUGGUGAAGUUAUGUCCAUUGGUAGAACUUUCGAAGAAGCCAUUCAAAAGGCUAUUAGAUCAACCGAUUACCACAACUUGGGUUUCAACAAGACUGCUGCUUUGAUGUCUAUUGACAUUGACCAAGAAUUGCAAACUCCUUCUGAUCAACGUUUGUUUGCUAUUGCCAACGCUUUAUCCGAUGGCUACUCUGUUGAAAAAGUUUGGAAAUUAACCAACAUUGACAAAUGGUUCUUGAACAAAUUAGAUGGUUUGAUCAAAUUUGGUAACAAGAUUGCUUCUUAUGGUACUAAAGAAGAUGUUCCAGUUUCUAUCUUGAGACAAGCCAAACAAUUGGGUUUCGAAGAUAGACAAAUUGCCAAAUUCUUGGGAUCUAAUGAAGUUGCCAUUAGAAGAUUGAGAAAAGAUGCUGGUAUCAUUCCAUUUGUUAAACAAAUCGAUACCGUUGCUGCUGAAUUCCCAGCUUUCACCAACUAUUUGUACAUCACCUAUAAUGCUGAUUCCUCAGAUGUUAAAUUCGAUGACAAUGGUGUUAUCGUCUUGGGUUCAGGUGUUUACAGAAUUGGUUCCUCUGUUGAAUUCGAUUGGUGUGCUGUCAGAGCUAUUAGAACUUUGCGUGAAAACAACAUCAAGACUGUUAUGAUCAAUUAUAACCCAGAAACCGUUUCCACUGAUUAUGAUGAAGCUGAUAGAUUGUAUUUCGAAACCAUCAACUUGGAAAGAGUCUUGGAUAUUUAUGAAUUGGAACAAUCCUCUGGUGUUGUCAUCUCUAUGGGUGGUCAAACCUCAAACAACAUUGCCUUGCCAUUGUACAGACAAAAUGUCAAGAUCUUGGGUACUUCUCCAGAAAUGAUUGAUUCCGCUGAAAACAGAUACAAGUUCUCCAGAAUGUUGGAUAAAAUCGGUGUCGAUCAACCAGCUUGGAAAGAAUUGACUUCUAUUGACGAUGCUGAGUCAUUUGCUGAAAAAGUUGGUUAUCCAGUUUUGGUUCGUCCAUCUUAUGUCUUGUCUGGUGCUGCUAUGAACACUGUCUAUUCUAAAGAUGAUUUGGCUUCAUACUUGACCCAAGCCGUUGAUGUUUCUCCAGAUUAUCCGGUUGUCAUUACCAAAUAUAUUGAAAAUGCCAAAGAAAUUGAAAUGGAUGCCGUUGCUAAAGACGGUAAAAUGAUCAUGCACGUUGUUUCUGAACACGUUGAAAAUGCUGGUGUCCAUUCUGGUGAUGCCACUUUGAUUGUUCCACCACAAGAUUUGGAUCCAGAAACCGUCAGAAGAAUUGUUGAAGCCACUGCCAAGAUUGGUAAGGCUUUGGAUAUCACUGGUCCAUACAACAUUCAAUUUAUUGCCAAAGAUAACGAUAUCAAGGUUAUUGAAUGUAACGUUAGAGCUUCAAGAUCUUUCCCAUUUGUUUCUAAGGUUGUCGGUGUUGAUUUGAUUGAGAUGGCCACCAAGGCUAUGAUGGACUUGCCACUUGUUCCAUACCCAGGUGAAAGAUUACCAGAAGAUUAUUGUGCUGUUAAAGUUCCACAAUUCUCCUUCUCUAGAUUGGCUGGUGCUGAUCCUGUUUUGGGUGUUGAAAUGGCUUCUACUGGUGAAGUUGCCACUUUUGGUAGAAACAAAUACGAAGCCUACUUGAAAUCUUUGAUUUCAACUGGUUUCAAAUUGCCAAAGAAGAAUAUCUUGUUCUCUAUUGGUUCAUUCAAGGAAAAACAAGAAUUGUUACCAAGUAUUGCCAAAUUGCACGAAUUGGGUUACAAGAUUUUUGCCACUGCUGGUACUGCUGAUUUCAUUAAAGAACAUGGUAUCCCAGUUCAUUAUUUGGAAGUUUUGAGCAAAGAUGAAGAUCAAAAGUCCGAAUAUAACUUGAGUCAACAUUUGGCUAACAACUUGAUUGACUUGUAUGUCAAUUUACCAUCUGCCAACAGAUUCCGUCGUCCAGCUUCUUACAUGUCCAAGGGUUACGAAUCUCGUCGUAUGGCUGUUGAUUAUGCUGUCCCAUUGGUUACCAAUGUUAAGAACGCUAAAUUGUUGGUUGAAGCCAUCGCAAGAAACAUUUCAUUGGAUGUUUCCAACAGAGACGCUCAAACUUCUCACGGUACUGCCGUUAUCCCAGGUUUGAUCAACAUCACUGCUUUUGCUACUUCAUUUGAUGAUUUCGAAGAAACCACCAAAGAAUCAUUAGCUGCUGGUUUCACCUUCAAUGCUUUCUUGCCACACACCCAAGCCGGUGCUUCAGUCACUGAUUACAGAUCUCUUGUUGAUGCCAUUGAUGCUGUUGGUGCUGCUGCUUACACUGAUUAUUCAGUUGCCGUUGCUGCUACCGAAACCAACUCUCAAAGUGCCAGUGAUGCUGCCGACAAUGCUGGUUCUUUGUUUGUUCCAUUCAAUGAUUUUGCCAACUCUAAGGUUUCUGCCCUUACAGCUCAAUUCACCUCAUGGCCAACCAGUAAACCAAUUGUUACUGAUGCUAAAACCACUGAUUUGGCUUCUGUUUUGUUGUUGGCUUCCUUAUACAACAGAUCCAUCCAUAUCACUAACGUUUCUUCUAAAGAAGAUUUGGAUUUGAUUAAGAUGGCUAAAGACAAGGGAUUACAAGUUAGUUGUGAUGUUGCUGUUCAUGCUUUGUUUGUGUCUAAGAAUGAAUUAAACUUCCCAUUCUUGCCAGCUAAGGAAGAUCAAGAAUACUUGUGGGCUAACUUGGAUCAAGUUGAUUGUUUCUCCAUUGGUGUCUUGCCAUACUUGAUUGCUAAAGCUUGUAAUGUUAAGAUUGUUCCAGGUUUGGGUAUCAAAGAAGUUAUCCCAUUGUUGUUGACUGCUGUUAGAGAUGGUAAACUUACCAUUGAUGACAUCACAGCUAAAUUCCACGACAAUCCAGCUAGAAUCUUCAACUUGCCAAAACAAGAUGCUCAAGUUGUUGUUGAUUUGGACAGAUUUGCUGAAGUUGAACCAGUUUACCCAGAAUUUGCUAAAUUGAGAUUGAGAGGUGCCAUUGAAAGAGUUUCUUUCCAUAAUGAAACUGUUGUUUUGGAUGGUGCUGUUUUGGCUACUGGUAUCUUGGGUAAGAAUGAAGUUGCUCCAAGAAGUAUAUUUGGUUCUACCGCCGGUGUUGCUGAAUCACCAAGACUUGGUAACAAGAGAGUUUCAUUUGGUGGUGCUGAUAUCCGUCGUCCAUCAUUCACUCCAGAAACUCCACAACCACAACCAGCUGUUUUUGAAAAAUUGGGUUCUGAAUUGGUUUCUCAACCAAUUGCUGGAUCUUUGGGUGAAAUUGCUGCAUUGAGUGAUUACAUUAGAAACAACAAUGCUUUCUUGAGAAACAACUUUAUCUCAGUUAAGGAUAUCACCAGAUCUGACUUGCAUUCUUUGUUUGCUGUUGCCCAAGAAAUGAGAGCUCAAGUUGAAAGACAAGGUGUUUUGGAUAUCUUGAAAGGAAGAGUUUUGGCUACCAUGUUCUAUGAACCAUCUACUAGAACUUCUACUUCAUUUGAUGCUGCUAUGCAAAGAUUAGGUGGUAGAGUUGUUGCUGUUGAUAGUGCUUCCUCAUCAGUUAAAAAGGGUGAAACUUUACAAGAUACCAUCAGAACUUUAUCAUGUUAUGCUGAUGCUAUUGUUUUGAGACAUCCAUCUGAAUCCUCAGCUGAUGUUGCUGCCAAAUACUCUCCAGUUCCAAUUAUCAAUGCUGGUAAUGGUACUAAAGAACACCCAACUCAAGCUUUGUUAGAUUUGUUCACCAUCAGAGAAGAAUUAGGUACUGUCAAUGGUAUCACUGUUACCUUCAUGGGUGAUUUGAAAUACGGUAGACCAGUUCAUUCCUUGUGUCAAUUAUUGAAACAUUACAAUGUUAGAGUUCAAUUGGUUGCACCAAAAGAAUUGGCUAUUCCAGAAGAAAUCAGACAACUUUUGAUUGAAAACAAUAUGUUGAAGAUUGAAAGUGAAGAAUUAACUAAAGAUAUUCUUGCCAAAUCUGAUGUUUUGUACUGUACUAGAGUUCAAGAAGAAAGAUUUUCUGAUAAAGAACAAUAUCAAAGAUUGAAAGAUACUUAUAUUGUUGAUAACAAGAUCUUGAGUAAUGCUAAACAACACAUGUGUGUUAUGCAUCCAUUACCAAGAACUAAUGAAAUCAGAGAAGAAGUUGAUUUCGAUCAAAGAGCUGCUUAUUUCAGACAAAUGAGACAUGGAUUAUUUAUUAGAAUGGCUUUAUUAGCUAUGGUUAUUGGCGUUGAUUUUUAA